CAGCGUAAUGACGUUGUGUCGACGUCAUCAUCCUUAGUAACCCUCGGUAGCGUCUUGGAGAGCUAAGGAAACAAGAUGGGGUUGCUGUCGAUUCUGCGUAAACUGAAGAGCACACCUGACCAGGAGGUGCGAAUACUCCUUCUGGGACUGGACAACGGGGGGAAGACCACCUUGCUGAAACAGCUGGCAUCUGAAGACAUCAGCCAUAUUACUCCUACACAGGGCUUCAACAUCAAGAGUGUGCAGUCGCAAGGCUUCAAGCUGAACGUGUGGGACAUUGGUGGACAGAGGAAGAUCAGGCCAUACUGGAGAAACUACUUUGAAAACACUGAUAUACUGAUCUACGUUAUUGACAGUGCUGACCGAAAACGUUUUGAAGAAACAGGACAGGAGCUGGCAGAGCUGUUGGAGGAGGAGAAGCUGAGCGGGGUGCCCGUCCUCAUCUUCGCCAACAAGCAGGACCUGCUGACAGCCGCGCCCGCCUCCGAGAUCGCGGAGGGCCUCAACCUGCACACCAUCCGGGACCGCGUCUGGCAGAUCCAGUCAUGCUCCGCCCUCACCGGGGAGGGAGUGCAGGACGGCAUGAACUGGGUGUGCAAAAGUGUCAACGCCAAGAAGAAGUAGCCUGGAUCACUCCCUUUAUUAUUUCACUUUCGGAAAGGACGGUGUGUACUGUACAACUGAAUGUACAACAAACUAAAAAAAACAACACUAAGAAGUCCAGGAAAGCUUAACCACUGUUGCCCCCAGUGCUAGAGAUGGCAGUUUCCACUCCACCUCUCUCACUCCUCUGCCUAAAGCUCUCUUAUCCUCUCCAUCCAUGAUAUUGAGUUCUCAUCGAGUUCUGCCCCCCUCCGCUCUACCUGGUAGGGCCUCGAUUGUUUACAAAAAAUGAAAGCCCAUUUGAUUGGAAACCACUGUGCGCUGUCCCGUGCCCAUCUAAGCCUGUUAGCACAGUUGUACUGUAUCAUGUCUGCUAGCAUUCCCCCCCCCCCCUCCCCGAAACAUUCCCAAUGUUCGCUUUCAUAGAGCGCUUUUACAUGCAGGGUAUUCUAGUUUAAAACGGAAUAUUGGCAGUAUACGGUUUGU